CCUUGUUAAUAAUAUGUAAAGAAUCAAAUCUAGGUCUGGUGCUGAUUAUAUAUUCAAAGGACAUGCAAAGAAGCCUCCCUCCACUGAUUAAACCAGCCCAGUCUGACCCUGCAGCUGGGAGAGCAGCCCCAGCACCAGGAUCCCCGGGUGACCCCAUUCAAGGAUCAGGACAGGACACAGACAACUCACCAUGGAGUCUGUGCUCAGAUGGAUUUACCUUGUCACUAUUUUAAAAGGUGUCCAGGGUGAGGUACAGCUGGUGGAGUCUGGAGGAGACCUGGUGAAGCCUGGGGGGUCCCUGAGACUCUCCUGUGUGGCCUCUGGAUUCACCUUUAGUAGUUACUACAUGUUUUGGAUCCGCCAGGCACCAGGGAAGGGCAAUCAGUGGGUCGGAUAUAUUAACAAAGAUGGAAGUAGCACAUACUACCCAGACGCUGUGAAGGGCCGAUUCACCAUCUCCAGAGACAACGCCAAGAACACACUGUAUCUGCAGAUGAACAGCCUGACAGUGGAGGACACAGCCCUUUAUUACUGUGCGAGAGACACAGUGAGGCGACUUCAGUGUGAGCUCAGACACAAACCUCCCUGUAGAAGGCGAUUGGGACCAGCAGGGGGUGCACAUUCCUCACUACUUCUGUCUUGAAGGCCCAGGAGCAGGUGCAGAUGGACGUUCUGGGCAGGUUUCCUGUAAAAUCUGGGUUUCCGCUCUAAGGAGCAACAUCCCCCAGGGAGCGUCUCCGGAUCAGGAAUUUGUGCUUAAAUAUUUGGUUUCUGAUAUAAUUAGUUUCUUUAGGAAAACAGCUACUUUAUAUGUGCAGAAGACAGAGUUGCUUACACUUAUUUACUAUCUCCCUAAAUAUGAAAAGUAUCUGUGCCUCCAGGAUGUCGAGGUCUCUGUCCUUCCUGAUUAGGGAGAUUUUCAGUAAUUAUUUCAUUGAAUAAAUCUGCCAACAUUUCUUGCUCUUAA